AUGGAAGAUUCAUUAGGGCAAGGAGAAUCUCAGAAUUAUUCUGUAAACCCCUAUUUCUUGCUUGAGGAUCAAGGUACAACCAGCCAUUGUGACCUGAAGAAAAUGGAGAAGCAAGGUGAUGAGAGUGAUGCAGAGCAAAAUGUUUUACAGAAUGUGAGUGAGGAACUUUGUAAGAUAGUGCCAGAAUGCAUUCAGGGUAACUCUGCUACUAAACUCAGUGACGUGGAGAGUGUUAGUAAGGGAAGCAUAAUGAGUAGGUGUGGUAAUGAGGACAUGGAGAAGGGGAAGGGUGUUGAAGGCAUUGAACAAGAUGGUGAGAAUAUCCAUAGUGAAGCAGGUUGUGAAGAUAGCAAAAUACAUGAGUUUGAAACUUCCUCAAAGAAAUCGGAUGUUGACAGAGAAAAUGAUGAUUUGAAUGAAAAUGGUGAUAGUUUUGAAGGAGUGAAGGAAGUUACAGGAAGUCAUUCUACAACACAUGAGGGUGAUGUAAAUGAGAGGAAUGAAGAGAAAGCUGCUGGGAUUGCAGUUCUUGGUGAUAGUGAAAGUAAUGUUAACUCUGACUCCAGAGAUUUUAAAAAUGAAGAAAACAACCAAAAUAUGAGUAGUUUCAUCUUGGAAGGUGAAGAAAAUGAAGAUGAUAAAAGUAUGAACAUCUCUGGCUUAGAAGGUGAUGAGAAUAGAAAGGAUAUCCAAAAUAUGAUUAGUUUUGACUCAAGUGGUGAUGAUAAUGAUAUUAGCUUAUAUUUAAGCAGUUCUUCUGAAAUGGAAGUCAGUGAAAAUGAAGAAGCCAGACAAGCAAUGAGUAAUUCUGUCACUGAAGAUGAUGAUAAUGAAGAGACUAGCCAAACAAUUAAUAGUUCUAGUUUUGAUGACAGUGAAAGUGAAGAUAUUAGUCAGAGUACAGUUAAAUCUGACUUACAAGACAGUGGAGAUAGAGAGAACAAUCAAUCAUUGGCUAGUUCUGGCUUAGAAAGUGAAGAAAACAGCCAGAUGUGUAAUUCUGGCAUGGAAAGCAAUGAAAAUGAGAACUACCAAAUGGAAACUGGUUAUGUCAUAAAGGGAAAUGAAAAUGAGAACACAAUGACUAGCAUGGAAAAAGAUGACAGGAUGGUAGAAAUGAAUGAAGACAGUUCAGAAAUGGAGCAUGAUAUGUCUUUCCAUGAUAGUAAAAAAGAUAAUGUGUUAAAUGAGGAGGACAUUCAGGAAAAUGACAAGGAAGGUAGUACAGAAGUGGAAAGUGAUAAAGAGACAAAAAAGAAUACUAACAGCUGUGUUAUCCAAGAACAACUUGAAGACUUCACCAAAGAAACACAAGGCUGUCUGGAAGCUGAGUCAAGACUGAAAGACACACAAGAAGACUCCAUGGAAAGAAGUUUAGAAGAAAAAAUAAGUGAAUCAAAUGACUCUGCACAGAAUGCUGAAAGAAGUGAAGACCAGGACUUGAGAACAGUGACAGAGGAAGGAGGAAAGAUGCAGAACUAG